AUGCCGUCGCGGGCUCAAAGGGCUUUGCCUGGGACAGUAGCCAUCAAUCGUAUUGGAUUUCGAGUUCGAACAGUCAAUGUUGAUCAAUUCGAAGCGAGGGGAAGCUAUAAAAAGGAAACGAUGGAGCUAAUCUCGGGAUAUAAAGUUCUGGCAUUGACGCUGUUGGAAUGGACACCUCCUACACACACUGCGGACGCCCCAGGACAAGAAGGACCAAAGCACUAUAGCCAGCGAUGGAAGGAUGUUGCAUUGACUGGACAAUAG